AUGGCUAAGGUUAUGAGGCUUAUCAUUUUCGUGUGCGUGGCCCUGGUGGCCAUUUCGGUACCAGCAGCGUCCUCGGUGCAGAGUCAACAAGAGCGGAUCAGACCUGGCUUCCGGCAACGGCUCCCUUCGUCCAUUAGACCAUUUUCCGCUUUCCGACGCCGUGGACAAGAAGCCUCAGACUCAGUGGUAUAUCUCAACAUCGUCUACUUGAGGCUAGUGGGCACCCGACAAUGUGCGACUGGAGAGCUCACCGUCGUUGUUCACGGCAAAGCGCUAAAUAACGCAACACUGGGCGAUGUGCAGACUAGCCUUACGCGCACAUUCGCUUCCAGCCUGAAGGAACCUUCGUCGACGUUGGCAAUCCGCAGGUGGUCCUGGAAGGACCCAUUGUUUUUGAGGCUCACGUUGAAUCGACGCGCUGUUCGCACUGGCAGCGGCUUGCCCCGCAGUACUCCGCUUUAUCAAGUUGCUAAACAGCGGCUUUUCGUGUUUGUUUGCAAACCAACACCGACUUCAUCAUGCAGGCGGGCUGCGCUGGACCCACGGCCCCUGUACGGUGUGCCGAAAGUGGGUGUCCAAGACAAAUACACCCUUCACGUCAGCAUGGAUGUGUUGGGAAUGUCUCUGCGAGAACCGCUCGAACACCAAGAGGAAGAACCCGGGCCUGCGAGUGUGUCCACUUACGCAGCAGCUCAAGCGAUUCUUGAUGGCGCGUCGAGCUUUGGCAUAGGCGCGUUUGGUAGUGCAAAACCGAACCUCAAACAGAUUUCCAUGUAUGCCAGCGGCGCAGAGCUCGAAAAACAGGUGUACACUCCCACUGCCAGUCAACUGGCUCUGUUUCUUCCCUCGAAGACUUUUUUUGGCGUUGAAGUGACCUCUGUUUCGGAUGGCACUUUCCGAAUUCCGGUCUCCGCGUCUCGCCUCGUUCCCUUCUCUGCGAUGUCGUACAUGUGCACCGGAUCUCAGACACACAAACUGACUCAAACAGGCAUGAACAUCUUGGAGAAACGCGUGCAUGGCAAAGAAAACCCGCCCAGUGAGGGUGCCGAAGUGCUUCUCAAUCUGUUGGCUGCUCGCAAACCCGUAAACGGUGUAUUCGAACAAGAUCCGACGGUCGUCCUCCUACAGCUUUGGCGCACACCCGAAGGCUCUGAGAGCUGGCAAGAGACUCCGCUUAUGUGGGAAUUUCCUGACACGCUCGAGGCAAUCGAAGAUGCAGGCGAAUAUCGCAGCGGCAUCCUUUCCAGUAUUGCCGCCAACACACGGAUCAUAGGGAAAAUGGCUGGCUGGCUGGCUUCCCGAUCUUUUUCGAGAAGGUUCAUUAGAACACUGAUUAGGCUAAAUAAUAUUGAUCUGGAAGAGGCCUUCAGCAUGAGUGACAAGGACAGACGCCACUCUGCAGCAGAUUUUCGGAGCGUGCAAGAGUUCUUCACCCGACCUAUCAACUACCACGUCUAUCGCGACAUGGACCCUCGAGCAUCCAUUAUGGCUCCGGCGGAUUCUCUAAUUCAAAAUAUUUACACGAUUCGACCUGAUUUUAAAGGCGAGAUUUCUCAUCCAAUCAUUCCUCAGGUGAAAUCGACGUCGUUCAAUCUGCGGGAGUUUCUCUAUGGAGCACGACAAGUGCCUCCUCUCCAGCUUCAGUCGCCUUCAAACCGCCUCUUCGUUAGCAUUUUGUAUCUUGCCCCGAGUGACUACCACCGAGUUCAUUCUCCGGCAGACUGGACAGUCACAUCACAGACCUAUAUCCCGGGGUGCACUCCCUCGGUGAGCCGCAGAAAUCUGGAGGCGGGCGAUUUGCUUCACCGAUACGAGCGCACGGCGCUCAUUGGACACUGGGAUCCAGAGAAAAAUGGUCAGCAAUUGUUUUUCUCCGUGACCAUGGUGGCAGCGAUGUUCGUCGGAGGCUUGCGUCUCUCUUGGGAGGAAGAGCCCCUCGGUGCGAGCAUGAGAUUGGGCCGCUGCACGAGAUACACCGAGUCCUACGAGAAGCAAGUCGACGUGGAAUUGUGUGCGAGCCAGGAAAUCGGAGCUUUUCGCUUUGGAAGUACAGUCGUCAUGAUCUUCGAGGCACCUGAAGACUUCGAUAUGACUUCUGUCGGCCAGUGCUCCCACGUUGCGGCAGGCCAACCAGCAGGCUAUCUGGGACAAGGCCGCGAAAGGCCUCUUCAAGAGAGAUGCAACGCAUUUCGUGGAAACUUUGAAUCACCUUUCCACUUUUGGAAGCACCUCCAGAAAACAUCCAGUGUUGAUGACAUUUUGAAACAAAACACGCUCGCUCCUCGCGCUUGGCGUCAGGAGCCUGGGCGUGUGUGGGCCGAAGUUCUCCGCGCCACAGAACGUGGACUUCUCUAUGGCUUCGCUCUUUCACACUACCUCUUGAAACGAUGGGCUACGGAAAAUGGUAAUCUUGGGGAGCUUGUGCUGGGCCAACCGGAAGUUCUACGGCAAAACAUCAACGGUAGCGACUCCGUCAUCCGUGAGGGCUUUCGAUGCUUUGCGGCAAAAGACAAGAAGCAGAUCAGACUGCAGAUGUCGGGACGGCAGAGCCAAGUUUCUCUCACUGCUACGGUAACCCCAGAUGAACAAUUUCUUUUCCAGCAUCCCUUUUAUGGAUGCGUUGGAGACGAGAAAUUGGGCAAACUUGUCCGGGGCAUCGAUGCGACGUGGAUCCUUCUACCUGAGCGAGCUGUGCUGCUCACGCUCAAGGUGUCCACAGGAAGCAAACAAGAGGACGGUCGCGUUCUACGAGUGGCGACGACGAAAAUUGAAGUCCAAACAGAGCCUUGCCAGGGUGGCUGGGAAGAGAGCCGAGUCGGUACCACAUCUACAACCUGUGCAAUUCGUACGGUGGAGAAGCGAGAGGAGUCCAUCUCGGAGGGUGUGCUUACCAAUGGGGAUCUCUGAGGACUGGAAGCACUGCAAGUAUACAGCGAAUCAGUUUUUUCAUUGAAGAGAGCACCGAUAGUUCACGCACUCAUGCGCAUUCCUACAACUUAAAACAGAGCGACAGUGCUGCAACGUUAUUUCGCAGUUGCGUUUUAGCUUUGUGUAUGGUACACCAGUGACCACAUGACGCCGCUGCUAGUAUGGUACUUUCUAUGCGGUGCACUAGGGGACAAAAUUGGCACGGUUCACAUUGUUCCGUCUUCUGCCUUUUUUCUCAAACAGCACCGGGACCAGAAAGAUGCUUUUGGUUUUGUGCGACAUACGCAUGAUGCUCCCUGCGUUUUCAAGGCUGCCGAUCCACAAAUCGGCAUACCUGCUUUGAAAGAAUUGACACAAGGUAGUGGUGUGCAGUGAGAAUAAGCGAACACCGCAACGCACGCCUUGUUUGAGUUGUUUCAUGUCAGCGGAGCAGGGAAUUAGGGGUGGCCGGUGCUCACGCUUGUUGUUUUCGUUCGCAUUGUGUCUUGUCUGCCCUAUCAUUUAUGAAGUACGUUUCCGCGGUAUAUCGAAAUUUCGUUGUGAAAGAUGUAAAGAGAGAGGGAAAUGCGACUAGCAAGCAAAUUUCGCCACCUCGAGUCUCUCCAUAUAGAAUAUUUUUGGCUGCAGGAGAUUCAACUUAUCUCUGUUCAGUAUCACAUCCCCUAACAGCCUCUCUUGGAUUCUGCUCAAUUUUCCUCUGUAUCAACUGAUAUCUGUGAAGGCAUGCUUAGCCGCAGAACCAGGUGCAGUCCGCAUGCGGGUCCUUUCGUGUCGUUCUGCUUUCUAUGCAAGCAUUGCCCGCACAGCAAAUGAAAUGUGUUUUUUUCCCGGGUAUAUUUCAAGAAGGGGAAAAUGAUGUAUGGCCGGUACAGAAUCGAGUUGUAAUUUACUGUUUUGUCCUGUGUAUGCGAACCCAUGGUGUGCAAGCGCCUAGAUCAAGAGAAGAAGCCCGGAAAGGGAAUCGCGUUCGAGACUGCUUCACGAGUUGUCCGCACACAUAUACGUGAUUUCGCCUGCGUUUCACCUCAGCUCUGGCCAAGCUGUUUUACGCCGUGAGUUUGAAACCGAUUUUCAACGUUUCAGUGACAGCUGCUUUCUUAAAUCGGGUUCCAUCUGCACAACUGCAACACACGCAGCACGUUUCGUUUUUAUGGACACCUUUCAAAUGCCGCUCUCGAUUGGUGGACUCAUUGAGGUGCAUUCAUUUGCGUCUGUUAAAGGAUGGGCCUAGGUGUCAUAACCGCGAAGAAUGGAUUUUCUGAGAAAGCAUGCGCCGAAUAGUCACUGAAACGAAAUCGUGGAUUUGAAAGCCACUCAAAUUGCCACUCGAUCACCAUUUUUUGGAGCAAAGAUGGUUUUCUUCUGUGUGAGUGGGGGGAAAGAUGAAUGAGUGUUGUUUUACAGAGUAUGAGUGACACAGAUUCCUUUCCAGAGCUCCCGAAAAAAAAUUCGCGUAUAGACAUGUGCACGCAUUCAUAAAUUCAUACCUCUUUGCAGAAUUCCUUUGAUUCGAUCCGCGCAUAAUUUUUUUUGUUUUUUCGAACUUGGAGAAAACGUUUAUAGAGGGGAAUGUGUCCAUAUGAGCACAUGCCAGUUUCUGUGCGCAAACACAGAGCCGUGGUGUCUCGAGCUGCUUUUAUAUUUCUUGUCCAGAAACCGGAUUACAUUGUUUUGCGUCCAUUCGAAAUUGU